CCGGCAGUUUCAUCACACUAAACAGGCUACUGAGAAGCAUAAGCAUCAUCUAUAAAGUUGUCGAUCUACCCAGGUAUAGAACUGGCAGUUUUAAAUUCUUCCGUUUAUAUAUUGUUUAACCAUUACAGGCUGCUUCCACAGCCUGAUUUCGAGUAAGCAGCGCGAUAUUUCUUGGAAAUAGAUAUAUAACUGUCCCCAUAAAUACCUUUGAGCCACUUUCCUAUUCUAUUUUCAUUAUCAAAAACCCCACAGAGUAUAUUUCGUCCAAAUCAUCAUCAUGCAGUAUCUAUCAUUAGCCACCCUUGUCGGUAUUGCAACCACAGUCUCUUCUCAUGGAGUAAUCACCAGUCCUACUCCCAGGAUCGCUGGAGCUGUCUCCCGUGCAGCCUGCGGUACCGCCAUAACGCUCCUUCACAAACAAGAUGUGACCGACCACGUCGAAGGAAUGCCGCAGGUAGCCGCUGUGGAUUCGACCUACCAUGCCGACGAGUGCAACCUCUGGCUUUGCAAAGGUCUCCAGCUGGACGAGGAAGCCAGUGGUCCAGUUCAGACUUACUCUCCUGGCCAGGUCGUCCCAAUCGAGGUUUAUCUUCGCAUUCUCCACGCCGGAACUGCGAAUGUGAGCAUUGUCGACACAGCAUCUAACACGGUGGUUGGAAGUGAGCUUCUCUACUGGGAUAGCUAUGCAGACGAGAAGUUGCCUGCUGUGCCAGCGAACAACACAUUGUUCUCUGUCACGAUCCCAAGCGAUAUUGAAGAGGGUAAAUGCACGACUGCCGGUGAAUGCGUCAUCCAGUGGUGGUGGUAUGGAGUUGGUGCAAGGCAGACUUACGAGUCUUGUGUGGACUUUGUUCUCGCGCCUACUGCGCCUUCAAGCAGGAUCCGAAGGAACUGAAGUGGUAUGGAAAUAUUGUAAAUAGGUGGCCGAGAUUCGUAUUGAAAAGAGAGGUAGCUGAACAUAUGGUGGUAGCGGUUAUGAAAUGAG